UUUCAGGCAUGAAUUAACUGCACUUUUUUCACGUUCAUAAUUAGACCAUAAAUUCUUGAACUAGAGCAGCGCCGAGCAGAGCCGAACAUGGCCGAGCAUGACGUCACGCGUUUCGCCAUUCUGGUUCGGCUGGCUGCGAAGGAAGGGGGGGGGAAGCAAGCAACAAGAAGGAAGAGCAAUGGCGACGCUGGUUCGCCAACUACAAAGUCUGGAUCCAUUGACGAGCAAAUCGCGUCCUGUCUUCACCAACGCGGCAGACUUCUACUCCUCGGACAGUAGGUGCACGCCGUCGUUGUGUUCGUCACAUUUGACAUAUGCACGUGUAUGGUCAGAUCACAACCUGUGAGCGCGUCUCUCACACCGUAUGCAAUGUUUGCGAGCCAGUUGUUAAACUCAUGGGCUUCCCGAACCAUUACGGACUGGGUGAUAUGAUGAUACAAUUAUGGACAUCAUGAAAAGUUAUGCCAAAAUAUGCUUUUCUGAGAUAUCAUUAUUUAAUUUUUUUUUAUUACAAACUGAAGAAGUGUUUGAUUUUUUUGUACUUAAUCUUUAAAAUGUAAAAAUUUUCACAAAUUUUUAAAUUUUGUCUCCCUUAGUGUUAUUUUUUUUUUACAUUCUUUUAUGAAUAAUAUUUUUUUUAAUAAAAAAUAAUUAAGUAAUUUAAUUUGUAGACAUUAAACUAUCAUCAGACAAUGUAGACAUUAAACUAUCAUCAGACAAUCAGAAAAGUGCAGCACCAGUGUUUUGUGUUUUGUUGGAUGUUUCUUUGGAAAAUACUACAUAUUGUGAUAUUGUGAUAACGACAUUGUGAUAUCAUAAUAUGAUAUGUUUGUCAUAUCGCCCAGGCCUACAGUCUAAAAUGUUCCUGCCGAACAUGAUCUCGGUCAUUUGCACUCUGUUAAAUAUAUUGUAGCUUGUGUUUUUUUUUUUUAAAAAAAGGUUCUGUUGAAUGGUUUGGACCGGCGUCAUGCUAAACAGUAGCCUCUUGCUUCAGUUUGCUCUGACAUGAUGGCGCUAAGCCCAGGACAACAGCGUGAAAGCCGGUUCGGGUCAGGGUUAAAGAUAGGGUUACGGUUUCUCCAGCAUCUGUGAGUGCUAGAAAAAGUGUUCUGUGAGUUUUGGCCUCUCAGUUGAUAACGUCAUCACCCUGAAUGAGACACUCCGAGGCUGUGAUUAGAAAAAAAAAAAGGAGAGAGUAGAACUGUGCGGUAGUUUUGAAGCUACCGCUGUAGAGACUGAAUGAUAAUCACGGUGGCAUCCGGCAAUUAAAUUUGGCCCAGGAAUGGUUUAUUUUGUCGUCUGGGAAAAUUUACAGAUUAGUACAUGUAUACAACAGAGCAAAUAACAGUGAAUGAGCCUCCUGUAGGUUAAUGGAUAACGGUGAUGCUGUACCAAAUAACAAUAACAUAAUACAAAUAACAAGUAACAAAAAAAUACAGUCUUAUUGCAUUACGUUUCGUUAUGUUUUGUUAGCAAACCAUGCGAUCGAAGCGUUUGUAAAAGCCCGUACAGGUGCAUGACAUGGAAACAAAUGUAGAGGAAGACUGACAUAAUAAAUGUGCAUGACACCCUUCCUCCAGCAGAAGUGAUGUAAUGAAAUCUGAUCACAAGUGGUCACUGGAGACACGCUCAAAACGCCAGCUGUGUGCUGAUUGGAUUACUCGAGGCAGAUGUUAAUAGCAGGUGUGAACAAGGCCAGAUUCAGUUCCGCAUUCCUGCGUUAAAGUGCAGGAGGAUUUACGGCAUGAUCUGGAAAAAAAGAAGAUUGUUUGUGAGGAGGUGGGGCAUCAGCAGCCUGGUCCAGCCCUCACCUCACCAUACAACCUUCUCUGGAUCUAAGGAGUUGUGUGGGGCAGGUGUAAAUGAUAUUUUUAUUCAAUUUUUUUAAAAUCAGCCUUGAAUUUAUUUUGCGUUUCAGGACAAAUGAAAGCCUUCAUGGGAAAUCUGUGUUUAUUCUCAUCAGCAGCCAGUAUCUGAGUGUUUUCUGUAGAGGUAACAUGAUUGGAAUAUAUGUAGUUGUAUCUCUUUUUCGGGAUGGUGGAUGGUGGACAUUAGAUUUUGGGAUUUUGGAGCUAGUCGAAUGUAGUGGCUUAGAGAGAGAGAGAGAGAGUGAGAGCACCGCAGCGCUUCUUCUUUGUCAGUGGAUCGUUGUUGGCUUUCGUUUUUUGCUCUGCUUGGCUCACAUCUGCCUCUGGUCCUGUGCCCUGCUCACAUGCUUUGGCAGAGUGAUGCUGUAUGUGCAGUACGUGGUGACACAUGGAAACUUUCGACAGCGCACCGUUGAGAUUGUGCCCCCUGCUGGCUGUAGCUCUGGCGAGGAGGGGCAGUUGUGGAAAGGUUCUCUGUGUGUGUCCCAGCGCCUCAGCUCCUCCCCAGUCACUAGACUGAGACAGGAGUGAGGCACAAUGCAGCUGCCAGGCUCUCAAGGCACAGCACAGGGGUCAGUGACUCCCGGCUAUUCAACUCCAAAGCUGCAGCUCACACACAAGAGAGGGAGAGAGAGAGAAAUACCUCCAGUUUGUACUGGGGGAGCAGUUGUACAGUGAGUAGAGAGGAUAGCCGCCCCCACCCCAGCGCCUUCAAAGCCAUGCACAGCAAGAACCAGAGGAGACACGGUUCUGCAAGUGGUUCACGAGCCCCUCUGGUUCCCCUGAAGGCUAAGAUGUCUCUGAGUCAGAGUGACGUAGAGCCUCUGCCAUUUCGUGUGCCUCGCGACUACCCGCACUCUCGCUUCAACAAAGCCCCGCUCGCUGUCUACCCACCCAAGGGAGCCCGAACAAAAGCCUGUGUGUCCUUACCCGUAGUGAGUCUGGAGAAGAUGCCCUGUUUCAGUCGCUCAGAGGGAGCACAAAUCAAAGUCAGCUCUACUCCAUCCACAGCUGGGUCAUCACUUUCUAUCCCCUCUUCAUCCUCUACGUCUUUCUCACCAUCCUUCUCUUCCCUAAAGUCUACCCUUGCGUCACAAGCAUCUUGCAGGAAUCAGGAAAAGCUUGUGAAUGGCCGGGGUACCAUAACCCCACGCUCCACCACACCCCCGUUAUUGACUGACAGGCGGCCAAGCCCAUCACAGUCGUCUCCCUUGGACAAGCGGCUCGCUGCGUCUCCGUCCUCACAGGACAGAAGACCUGCCACAUCUCCUUCUCCAUCUGCACUGGACAGGAGAUCUGGUGUCUCACCCUCUCCACCAGACCGAAAACAUCUGAAUGGAGCAAAGAGCAGUAGUCACAGGAGAGUUUCAGGGAGAGUCUAUGAUCCGAAUAAGCACUGUGGAGUCCUGGAUCCAGAGAGCAAGCGGCCUUGCACUCGAUCUCUUACGUGCAAGACCCACUCUUUGACUCAUCGUCGUACAGUCCCAGGUCGGAAGAAGGACUUUGAUAUUCUUCUGGCUGAACAUAAGGGCCGGGCUAAGGAGAAAGACGCAGGGCAAAAGAGGGAUGCAGCCAGUAGCCAAACAGCCCAGUUGACCCAGACACUCAGUCCUCUUUCCAGCACACCUUCAGGCUGUCACAAUGGCAAGACCACUCCUACAAUCAAGCUGAGGCUGGCCAGCACACACAUGCAGAGAGUCUCUGGUGGUGGGGGUGCAGUGGUGCUCAGUUCCACGACUAUUCCUGCCCCUGAUCAAAUACCCAGCUGCCAGAGAUACAGCGGGGAUGUCCAUGAAUCCAGCGAUGAGGCAGAAUCUGAGCUUGCUGAGGAACUGGAGAAAACGUCAUGUCAUUACUCCUCUUACCACCCACGACCCAUUAGUUGGUGUGCAUUCAGCAGCCGGUUGAUGGGCCAGGGCCACUAUGUGUUUGACAGACACUGGGACAGGAUGAGGCUUGCGCUGCACUGCAUGGUGGAGAAGCAUGUCAAUGCUCAGAUGUGGAGGAAAGUCCCUCUAGCGGCAGACAGCGUGCCUAGCAUGUCUGAUUCAUCAUCUCUGAGCAUGUCCCUUCUCCCUAGCCCCACUCCACCCCUUGACUCUAUUUCCACUGUGUCCUGCUCCACCCCUUUCUCCCAGAACGGCACCAGAAUCUUCUGCCUCCAGGAAUCCAAACUGCAGCUGAAUAAAACAGCCAAGUCAUUAAAAACCUCUGCAGUAGGGGUGUUGUUGAAAAAGCACAAGCCACCUCCGGUUGCUGAGAAAAGAAAUGGGAGUGGCUACCAUCUUUCAGGCCCUGCACACAUCAGCAAUGGCACGGCGGCGCUGAGCAUGCGGUCCAAACCAAGCCAGCCUGGGGGAAGUCAGGGGCUGAGCAACAUGGACAGAUACACCAGCAUCGAGCUAAACCUGCCCCAGGCUCCGAAGGGCAAUCAUGGGGCAGUUUUGUCCCAAAGCCUGCUGCCAUGCGGAUCCACAGAGGGACGCAAACGCAAAACCUCCGGCUCUGAGCGAGCUGGCAAAGUGACCAAAACAACGGCGCACAAUGAAAUCUUCCAGAAGAGCAGCACUGCUUUGCUGUCCUCGGCAGCUGAGGCGUCCCAUAGCGCCCUCUCCAGACUGUCCAAGGUGCAUCAGUGACACUGGCUGAGGUGGAACAAGUAAAGCAGCUUUGCAGCAGUGACCUUUAACCCCCCUCUUUUACACACGGUGGUGACCUUUAACCUGCCUUGGCCUGCAUGCAGUGCCGUGACCCCACAUUGGCCCCGUGGAGCCCAUUGCACUGUGUGUGAGGGUGUGUGCCUGUGCACCCUGAAUGUUCAAUGACAAACCCGGCCCACUGGGGCUUUGAUGUAUCAGUCUAUCUCGUUUGUUUAGGUACUGCAACUUGUAAUAGAACUGGUCAUCUGCAUAACAACAGUAACAAACUGCCAUUUCAUUCUGGUCAUCUGUCAAAAAAACUUUACAUACAAAGAUGUCUCAGAUGUUUAAGAAUCAACGUGGCUUUUUGUACAUCAUACACCCCCAGCAAGUUUUUUUUUCUUUUUUUUUCUUUUUUUUCAACGGGUCUGGCAGUUUGGAAAAGUGGAACAGUAAAGACAAACUGGUUGGAUUUGAUACGUCAGUGUGCUGGAAGUGUGAGGCAGGCUCUUCAGACUUGACCGGAUCUAAAGUGCACUUAGUGUCCUAUCAUGCCUGGACUGCACAACAGGCUGCUGAGGAGAAAAAAAACAGACAAACAAAAUAAAGCAUUUCACCAAGGGAAUAUUUUAUAGAUGCUUUUUGGCAAGCUGUAUUUUUCUAAAGAGGGUGAAUUCAGGUUUUUGAGUAUUUUGGAGUUCUUCUGUCACAAGUGUUACUGAAGAAUACAAUGUUCAGGACUCAAAUCCAAGUUGGAAAGCAAACUAGCAUAGUGUUAAAUUUUGUAUAAUAAUUUAUCCCACAUAUUAAUUUUCCUAACUUACAUGGCUUAUGGCAUUGCUCAAAUGUAUAUUUGUAUGUCAUUAUAAAAGUUUAAGUAUUAUUAUAAUAGACACCUUAUUGUUGGAAAUAUGAGUGCAUAUCUUUUUUUUUUCUUUUUUUUUUUUUUAAUAUUUAUUAUUAGUGUCUUUCAGAGCUUAGGAAUCUAGAAGCUUCUGUCUUCCCUGAUCUUCAAAUGGUUUAUCAUGAUUGACCUUAGUUCUUGUAUGAUAUUAAGAGACACUCAACCGCACAAAAUCAAAAUAAGGAAAAGGAGCUUUUUAAAAACAAAGAUUGUUACAAGCAGAAUGGCAGCCUUUAGAAGCCAGUGAGAAGAAUCACAGCUUCUUAAGCUAAGCGAGUUUUUUAUUUUAUUUUUUUUUUGUAAUAUUUUUACAUAACAUUUUCAGUGAACUCUUGCCUAGCUGUGAAUUCUGACCGAGUAAUUAAAGUUACGCUCAGUGGGAUUUUUUUUUUUUCUUUUGGUCCAUAUAGUUUUUCAAAGUGUAUAUGUGUAGAAUGCCAUCUCUUUGCUUUUUUCAAUUCAUAAAGGAGUUUAAUUUUAUUGUUUUUUCACCAUGACAGAUCUGUUUAAUAUGUAUUAUUAUUAUUAUUAUUAUUAUUUUUAUAUAAUUUAGUUGUAAACCUGUACUGGUUGUAGUGUUAAGAACAGGAUUUAAGAUUCUACGUCACUGUAACUCACCAUUAGUGUCACACACAAGAGUUUCAGCUUUGUUUUGCUCCACUGAGUCACAGUGAUAUUCUUUAUAAUAUUGUCGAUCUUGUGAAGACAGAACUCUGACAAUUUGUAAAGAUCCCCCUUUUUGCACUUUUGUCUUUGAACAGGAAUUUAAUAUGUUUCUAUUUAUAAAGGUAUAAUGAGGCAUGUAAUGAGGAAUAGGGAAAGAUAUCUGUACAGUUUUGUCAAUAACAGCCAAUACUGUGUAAUGACAUGUAACAUGUAAGGACAUGUAACAUGUAAGGACAUAACUGUGUGAUCCCAAAUGCCAUAACACCGUACCCGUCUGCUGUGCGGGUAUAUAAAUUGCCCUGUAUGUGUCAUUAUUACCGUAUUGCCUUGCUGCUAUGCAAAAUUGGCUGUAGGUCAACUGCCAGAGCUAAAAACCUAACCCCGAACAGUUUUUUUACCUUCCAGGUGAUCGUGCACAGUGCUUCCGCAAAGUACUCAGGAGAUGGUUCGGUCAUGUGCAAGCGAACGAGAUUUCACACAUCACGCAAAAUCCUGUAGAUCUUCUUUCACAUUCUUGGAUGAGAGAACUGUGAGGUGAACAAAAAUCACCCUGGAAUUUGGUGCCAUGUUUUUUAGUUCCCAGUCUUUGUCAGGCCAUUGCAUUGACCAAUGCUGUCACUGCUGCAAGGAUACGAGAACAUUUACAGUCAUUAAAUAUAAAUCAGAAAUGAUGACUCAUGUUGCUUUAUCGCACUAAGCACACUGGGACAUCUCCAAAUUAAUCUUUACAUUACUUAAUCCAGCUCUAAAAACACUAUGGAGGUUUGAGUAUUGUGAAGUUUACACCUCUGGGAGUUAGGAGUCAUGAUGUAGGUUUUUUUCGAGCCCCUUCUUUAUGGAUGCCUGGUCUUUAAGUGUUACUGGUGCUUUUAAUGAAAUAUCAGAACCACAAUUAUCAAGGACAUUCCAUGACCUGCUGUAAUUGACAUACAUUUCCAGCAUUGUUCCCACCUGAAGGAAUCAUCAUCAUCAUCAUCAUCUUCUUCUUCUUCUUCGCUUUACAUUUUGUGCUGAGUUUAAACGACACUUCAUUUUCACAAAACACCUUGCCAUGCACUACCUCAUUUACACCAAACUCAUUUACACCAAACAAUUUUGCAGCAUCUCCUCUGAAACAAGUACAAUACAAUAUAAACUGAGCGUUUCAACUCUCAAACAUCCUAAAUAGCAGUGCAUGCAGUGGUCUUUGCACACACCCACAAAGACAGGGACCUCAUAUUUUUCUUUCCCUAAGUGAUUUUGACAGAAUUUAUUCUCAGGACUAAAAUAUGUGAAGGAAAACCAAUCAGGCAUGUGUCACAUCAGUGGGCCAGAAAAUACAUUUUAAUUCAUCCAAAUAGCUGCUUAUAUGCAUCGAACACUGAGAUAUACAGUGCCAUCUAGUACCAAAUUUUGAUUUAUGGCUUUUCAUGCUUUAAAUGGCAAUAUACUAAAACAUGUUCAUUAAUUAUGGGUUUUAUAAUGGCUAUAAAACAGGCGCAUCAUGCUUUCUUUCCACUCUUACUGAACUUUUUUUUUUAAGGGUCAAUACUGUCUGCUGUUGCUUAAGUAAGGGCAGUUUCUUCAAACGAAUAUGUAAUUUUCUUCAUCAGAAUGUAAUAUCUUCAUGAUCUUAAGGAAUAAUAGAAAAUGACCAGUGCCCAGUUUCACAGAACACACAUACAGUUCUAGUGAAGCAGAAAAAAAGGAAAUGUCUGAAUACUGUAAACUGCAGUUCUGUUUAGUGUAUCUCUUUCUGUCGCUGGGGUGAGAUUUCCCAAACGCAUCCUUACCCAAAGGUGAUACAGGCCAUGUGGUUAAACAAGAGUCAGACUGACCACUUUGUCUAAACUUAAGGUGAUCUCAACACUGUGAUGCUGUUGGGAAGCUGGGCCCUAACCUGUUGCAUACAUCUACUGAUAAGUACAUAUGCUCUUGCACAUGUGUGCAUAUGACUACUUUGCUUUUAUUUGUGAAUGUCAAUAGCAAGAAAAGACAAGCUUUUUUAAAAUAAAAAAAAAAACAACAAUUUGAUACCUAAAACAGAAUGUCCAGAGUGUCCAUUGACCUUUCUCGCCCUGUUGGCCUGUGCAUUGUCAACAAUGAAAUAGAUGUGUAUUUUCAGGUUUGACUAUGUUUUGCAUUUCAAGUGUUACAUAAAUAAUUUUUAUCUAC